UUGAACAGGCGCGCGGCAGGCCCCCCCCCCGGCGGAGCAGCGGCGCAGCCCCCGCAUCACAGAGAAGCCCCUCAGGAGAAGCCCCCGGGAUGGCCGGGAAGGACGAAGAAGACGGGAAAGGUGGAAAGGAUGGAAGCACGGACGGCUGGGCAGGCAUCGAGGAGCGCCUGGAGGAGAUCCGGGAAAGCCUCCGGACCCCCUCAGCCCCGCCGUCCCGCCGCGUCCGCGCCUGCGACCGCGCCCUGCGCGCCUGCGUGGCCGAGCUGGCCCGGCCCGGCGGGCUGGUGGCCCUCGGCGCCCGGCUGCUAGCCCUGGCCCAGGAGGCCGCCCAGCUCUACCUGAGCCUGGUCCCCGCGCCCCCUCACCUGUACCUGGAGAAGAUCCUGUUCCACGUGCUCCGCAACGCCGCGGGUUGGGUGGGACCGCCCGCCUGGAGCGUGGCCGAGCUGCUGCGGGCGCGGCUGCGGCGCGGCCGCCGCGACGCCGACUGGGCCACCGUCACCUCCGGCGCUUUUGCUGUUCUUUGGAGAGCUGCGGCCUCUCUAGCCGGCCCGGAGCGGCCACGGGAGGAGGGCAGGGCGGUGCUGACGGCCAGGAUCCGUGCCCUGCGCUUCCUGCUGCUGCUGGAGUCGCGGGACGGGGAGGUCUCGCCUCGGGAAUCCUUCCAGCCGCCCUUCUUCGCCUCGCAGACCGCCCAGCACGCCGCGGCCGCCGCCGCUCUCUACGAGGCUCACCGGGCUCCGUGCCCGCUCUUUGUGGCCAGGCAGCUCCGGGAAUUCCUGCUGGACACCCUCAGGGAUGAGGCCUCGCAGCCACCAGGCCUCCAGGAGUCCCUGUGCUUCCUGGAGCUCACCCGGGAGCGCUGCCGCCAGCUCUGCAAAGCCCGGCGGCCCCGCGACGCCCUGGACGCCCUGGAAGAAUCCAGAACCUUCCUGGGAGCUGGGAAUUCUCUGGGAGCCCCUCUGGAGCUGCUGGAAGCCGGGAUCCAGCUGAGCCGGGCCGUGCUGGCCAGAAGCGUGCGGGCCGUGGGGCCGGCGCUGAGCCGGGCGGGAGCGGCGCUGGCGGCGGAAUGUUCCGGAAGGGUUCUGCGGCUGCUGCUGGAAAGCUCCCAGCUGGUGCUGGCGCAGCUCGGGGAGGUGCUCAGGAGGAGCCAGGAGCUGCCCCUCGGCCUCCAGGAGCUGCCCGGGGUUUGUGCAUUCUGCCAGGGCCACGGGCGGGCGCUGCGGCGGCUGCUGGCCCAGGUCCCUCCUGACUCCAUCCAGGAGCAGGUGAUGGUGAAGCAGCUGCUGUUCCACAGCCUCCAGCUCUUCUCCAACGCCAUCCACGAAAUAUUCCAGCGCUGCCAGCCCUCGGGGUGGCCGGAGCUGGCGCAGGUGACCACGAGCUGUGUCCAGAGUGUCACCUGGAUGCUGGAGGGGCUGGAGGGGCUGCCCGAGGCCGAGAGGGGCAAGUUCCUCGAUGUCACCGCUGCGGCCGCCUUCCGCCUGGGCCAGGCCUGGCAGAGCCGGAACGUUCCGGAAGCGGCCGGAGCCGUGUGCGAGCCCCUGUGCCGGGCAGUGCUGGCCGGCCACGGCUACGGCUGGCCUGGGGCCACCCCCGAGCGGCUCCACAGGUGCUUCCGGCUGCAGGCGGAGAGCUGGCGCUGCCGCGGCCGGCCGGAGCGCGCCCUGGACGCGGUGGCCCAGUGGCUGCUGGCCCUGGGGGCACAAUCCCAGGGCUUGGGGACAUGCUCCUGGGGACAGGGGACACAGUCCUGGGGACAGGGGACACAGUGCCAGCGUCCCCAGGCCACCCCGGGCCAGCCCGGCUCGCUGGUGGCCGAGCCGGUGGCGCUCUGGGCCAGGAUCAAGACGGAGGCGGCCAAGCAGGGAGCGGAGGAGCUGAGGCUGCGGACCCUGCGGGACGCGCUGCAGUCCCAGUCGCGCUGCCACGGGCAGCCCCUGUGCGGGGACGCGCUGCUGCUGCUGCUGCUGGCCGAGCUGCACGCCUACAAAGGCCUGCGGGGCCCCACGGCGCCCGAGCGCUACAACGUCCUGUGCGACCUGCUGGGCCUGUGGGACCCCCAGGGAGCCUGGAACCCCCCGGGGCCGCGGGAGCCGGGGGGCAGCCGGGACCUCCCGGGAGCGCCGGACCCCGGCCGGAGCCUGCCCAGGGCGGCGGCGCUGCUGGAGCUGGGCCAGCUGCUGUGCAGCCACAGCUUCAGCGCCUACACUGACUGCUCCGCCCUGGACGCCGUCCAGGAGGCCCUGAGGCUGCUGGAGUCGCUGGCCCGGAAUUCCCAAACCUGCAAUUCCCAAAUGCGGGAUCAGCUCCUGGACGAGCGCGCCCAGGCCCUGCUCUGGCUCCACAUCUGCACCCUCGAGGCCCUCCUGGAAAAGAGCGUGGCCCGGGAGCGGCGCGGGCGGGGCCGGGCCCCGGAGCCGGGCUGGGAUCGGGAUCCCGAGGGAGAGCGGCCGGAGGCGCGGGACGGGAUCCGCUGCAGCCUCAGCUCCGAGAGCGCUCUGUCCAAACCCUUGGAUGAAGCCCUUGCCCUGUGGAAGGAGCUGCUGGCCGGUGCCGGCGUUCCCGAGGUGCGCAGCCCGGAGCAGACCGUGAGCUCCCUGCAGCUCCUGGCCGAGCUCUACCGCCUCCAGGACAAGCCCGUGCAGGCCCUGGAGAGCCUCCUGCUGCUGCGCUCGCUAUGCCGCCGCCUCGGGGACGGCCCGGGAGCGGCCGACGCCCUGUGCCGGCUGAGCCGCGUCCUGCUGCGGCUGCGCUGCCCGGCCCGGGCCCAGGUUUUCCUGGAGGAGCUGGAAUUGUGCCUGGGGCAGGACGAGGGCAGCGAGGAUUCCCGGCUGCUCCUGCGCCAUUCCCGGCUCCUGCUGCGCAGCCAUCUCUGCUGCCUCCAGAAAAAGGUGGAUGAGGGCGUGGCGCUGCUGCUGGAGGCCCUGAGGGAGCCGUGUGCCCAGAGGGCCACCAGGGGCUGGUACCUGGCCCAGGCGCAGCGGCUGCAGCUGGUGGCCGCGUUCCUGGAGCUGCCCCCGGCGCUCCUGGCGGCGCCGCUGCGCCAGCAGCUCCGGCAGCACGGCUGGAGCAGCCCCAAGGUGGCCCUGCUGGAGGCGCAGAAGCUGCUGAGGAGCGUCCUGGUGUUCCUGGUGGGCAGCGACGUCCUGGGCAGCGCCCGGAGCCGCCCGCCCGAGGAGCCCGGCCCCGACUGCGGCCUGGCGCUGGUGCACAAGUGGCAGGUGCUGGGGGACACCCUGGGCUGCUGCCAGCGCCUGGUGACGCUGCUGGGCCACUGCGAGGUCCUGUGCCAGGCCAGGGCCUUCUGCAGCGAGGGGCUGACCCUGGCCGGACACCUGCAGGCCGCCCGCUGGUGCACGUGGUUCCUGGUGCUGCAGUCCCAGCUGGAGCUGCAGCAGGGGGAGCUGGAGCUGAGCCUGUCCCACCUGCAGCACGCCCAGUUCCUGCUGCAGCCACCGACUGAACCCAAACCCCGCCGGGACCCUCCGCGACGCCGGGCCAAGAUCCAGCUCCGGAAGGGCCACGUGGCGAGGAGGAAACCUCAGGACGCCGUUCCCGACCCCGUUCCUGGCGGGGAGGAGGACGAGGAGUUCCUGCAGGGUCCCUCGCUGGCCGCCCUGGCUCCGGCCGCGCUCCCGGAGCCGCCGGACGCCCUCACGGCCUCGCCGGAGCUGAAGGGAAGCAAAGCCUGGAGAAGCCUGGAAUUUCUGUCCCACCCCCCGGCGUGUCCCUGCUCCUUCUGCCGCGACCCCGCGCUGCUGGCGCUGGGGCUGCGCUGGCUCCUGGCACAGGCGCGGGCGCGGCUGCUGGCCGGCGAGGUGGCACCGGGGCUGGCCCUGCUCAGGGCGGUGCUGGCACGCUGUGGCAGCGCUGGCACGCGCCUGGCGCGGGAGCUGGGGGACACGGGGCAGGGCCUGGGGGCUGGGGGGACUCCUGGGGAUGGGGACGGGAGCCUGCAGGGCCCCUCUGGGCAUGGGGACAUCGGCAGGGACAGGGACAUCAGCCUGUCAGACCCCUCUGGGGAUGGGGACAUCGGCAGGGAUGGGGGAGCUCCUGGGAUUGGGGACAGCACCAAGGAUAAGGGAAUUCCUGGGAUCGGGGACAUCAACAGGGACAGGAGCCUGCAGGACCCCUCUGGGGAUGGGGACAUGGUCAGGGAUGGGGACAGGAAUCUGUCAGACCCCUCUGGGAUUGGGGACAUCAGUAGGAACGAGGACAGGAGUCUGUCAGACCCCUCUGGGAUUGGGGACAUUGUCAGGGAUGGGGACAGGAGCCUGCAGGGUCCCUCUGGGGAUGGGGACAUCAGUAGGAACAAGGAAAGGAAAAUGUCAGACCCCUCUGGGAUUGGGGACAUUGUCAGGGGUGGGGACAGGAGUCUGUCAGACCCCUCUGGGACUGGGGACAUCAUCAAGGAUAAGGGAAUUCCUGGGAAUGGGGAAAUCAGCAGGGAUGGGGACAGGAGUCUGUCAGACCCCUCUGGGAUUGGGGACAUCAGUAGGAACAAGGACAGGGCUCUGCAGGACCCCUCUGGGAUUGGGGACACCAUCAGGGACAGGGACCCCUCUAGGAGCAGGGACACCCUUGGGGACAGGGACCUGUGGGAUCACUCCAGGGACAGGGAUCCCGCUGGGGAUGGGGGCACCAUCAGGAAUGGGGACACCUUUGGGGUUGGGGACACCUUUGGGGUUGGGGACCCUCCUGGGGACAGCACCCCGGGCCCGCUGGCUGAGCUGGUGGCCACUGGCUACUGCACGCUGGCCCUGCAGAGCCUGGCCAGUCCAUCCCAGUGCCCCCCAGUUUGGGAUGAGGAGCUGGAGCGGGGGCUGACCCUCCUGGGGUCCCAAAGCCCCCCCGUGGCCGGCCUGGGGGUGGCAGUGGCCACUCUGCUGCUGGCCAAAGCCGUGGCCACCCUCGGCCGCGUGGCCGCCGCCCUCGGCCACUCCAUGGAUGACAUCCUGGCCCAGGCCUGGACCCCCCGUCCUCCACCCACCCCAAAUCCCCCAAAACCCCAAAAAACCCCCAAAGCCCCGCCCAAAACCGGACCCCAAAAAGCCAAAGCCCCCAAAGCCAAGGCGGGGAAGACCCCAAAAGUGAAGCCCCCCAAAUUUGGGGAUGUCUUCUCCCUGGGGGACUCAGACCCCGAGGUCCCCCCCAUUGUCCUGCGGCCGGGGGGGCCCUGCACCCCUCACCCCAAAUCGGGGGUGCCCCCAAAAGCGCUGCUGGGGGGGCCCAGGACCCCCUUCACCAUCUUCAGCGAGGAGCCCUCCCCGCCCGGGGGCAGCUCCCGGCUCCGCAGGGCCCCCAAAAUGCCAGGAAGGGUCAAGUCCCGCAUCAGGGUGACAUUCAGUGACAGCGACUCUGAGGAACCCCAAAUUCCCCCAGAUCCCCCCAAAAGCACCCAGAAACGUUCCUGUGCCCAGAGGAGGGUCCAGCCCCAAAAAUCCCCCAGGAAUUCUCCAGGAAUUGCAGCUCGGCCCCGGCGGGGGCGGCCCCGCAAGGAGCUGGGGACCCCCAAAAAGAGGGAAGAAAGGGGCAUCAACCACGUGGAAAAUGUGGAAAAGAAGGAAAAUGACAUCCCACAAACAGCUCUGGAAAAGAGGGAAAGAAGGGGAAACGCCAAAGUGGAAAGUGUGGAAAAAAUGGGAAAUCCCAAAGUGGAAAAUGUGGAAAAAACGGGAAAUCCAAAAAUGGAAAACGUGGGAAAAAGGGGAAAUUCCGUGGAAAAAACGAAAAAUGGCAACGUGGAAAAUGUGGAAAAGAAGGAAAAGGGCAAAUCCCAAAAAUCUCUGGAGAAGAAGGAGAACAGGGGUCCCCGCCGGGCUGGGGGUCCCCGGGAGAAGAAGGAGAGGGGGACCCCCCAAAGUGGAAUUUUGGAGGAAAAGAGGAACUGGGAAUUUUCUGGGAUUGAGGAGCGGGACCCCCUGAGGGCCGUGGAGGAGGAGGAAGAGGAGGAGGAGGAGGAGGAGAUGAGCUUCGAGCUCCCCCCGCUGCCCCCAGGUGGGGCCAGCAAGGAAAUCCCAGGAAUGGGCGACAAGGGGGAUCCCCCAAAUCCAGAGGGGUCCCAGCCCGCUGACCCCUCUCUGUCCCCAGGUGACCCCUCGGUGGCCGCGGUGCGGGCGCUGCUGGCCGAGGCGCUGGCGUGGGUCGGGCACUUCCCGCCGGGCUCUCUCUACGGCCAGCUGUGCCAGCUGCUGGCCAUGGCCCUGGGGGACGGGGACCCGCUGGCCACCGCGGCGCUGCUGGCCGAGUCCCUGGGCGUCACCCUGCGCCACCAGCUGCUGGCCAUCGUCCACGCCAGGGCACGGAAGAAGAGGAAAGCAGCAGCAGCAGCCAGGGGGGACAUCUCGGAUCAGCUCCAGGGCCUCUCCCUGAAUUCCCGGGAUUCCCAAAAUUCCCGGGAUUCCCAAAAUUCCAAGGAUUCCCGGAAUUCCCAGGAUUCCCAAAAUUCCCAGGAUUCCCAGAAUUCUGAGGAUUCCCAGUCCCACCUGGCCCAGCUCGAGGAGCUUUUCCAGUUCAGCUCCGCGGGUUUGGGGCCGGCGGAGCGGGAGCAGUUCCGGGAGCAGCUCCAGAAGAUUCCCAGCGGUGUCACCGUGUGCCAGCUGUCCCUGGUCAGUGCCACCCCCGGCGCCCUCGGGGACACGCUGCUGCUGACGCGGCUGGAGCGCGGCGCGGAGCCCGUCAGCGUGCGCAUCGCCACCGAGCGCUGCCAGGCCCCCCUGAGCGGGAUCCUCCGGGAAUUCGAGCGGAUCCAGCGGGAGCAGCGCGAGGCCAACGCCUGCACCGAGCGCCAGGAGUGGUGGGAGCGGCGAUCCCGCCUGGACCUGCGCAUGCAGAGCCUGAUCCAGAACCUGGACUCGGAGGUUUUGGGGUGCUGGCGGGGGCUGCUGCUGCCCCGGGAUCCCGGGAAUUCCCCCCUGGAUGAGCAGGAAUUGUCCCAGCUGCUCCAGGAGCUCCGGGAAUGCGGCUGGGACCGCCCCGAGCCCGCCCUGCUCCGGGCGCUGCUGUGGGCGCUGUGUCCGGCCGAUGUCCGGCCGCUGGCCGCAGCGCUGUGUCCGGCCCGGCCGCUGCGGGCGCGGCUGCUGCUGGACGAGGCCCUGGAGCGGCGCCGGGAGAGCCCCGGGGGCAGCGCGGGGUCCCUGGUGCUGCUGCUGGACAGGCACCUGCAGCGGCUGCCCUGGGAGAGCUCCAGGACCCUCCGGAACGUUCCGGUGACGCGGCUGCCGGGGCUGCGCUUCCUGCUGCGCUACGGGCUGGCACGGCAGUGCUCGGGGUCGGUGCUGAGCCGCGGCGUGAACCCCAAAAACGCCUUCUACGUGCUGAACCCCCAGCGGGACCUGGGCGGCACCGAGGAGAGGUUCCGGGGCUGGUUCGAGAGCGAGCCCGGCUGGCGCGGGGUCUCGGGGACGGCGCCGACCCCGCAGCAGCUGCAGGAGGCGCUGGGGCAGCGCGACCUCUACAUCUACGCCGGGCACGGGGCGGGGGCGCGGCUCCUGGACGGGCAGAGCCUGGCACGCCUGCCCUGCCGGGCCGUGGCGCUGCUCUUCGGCUGCUCCAGCGCCGCCCUGGCCCCGCGGGGGCCCCUCGAGCCCUCGGGCACCGUCCUCAAGUUCGUCCUGGCCGGGUGCCCUCUGGUGCUGGGGAACCUGUGGGAUGUCACGGACCGGGACCUGGACCGGCUGGCGCAGGCGCUGCUGCGGGGCUGGCUGGGGGGCGGCCCCGGGACCCCCCUGCUGGCCCAGCUGGCCCAGGCCCGCCAAGCCCCCCGCCUCAAAUCCCUCAUCGGGGCCGCCCCCGUGGCCUACGGGCUCCCGGUCAGCCUCUGCUGAGGGAGCCACGUUUGGGGGGGCCCUUGGUGCUUUGGGGGCUCCCCCAAGGCUCGGAGUGAAGGUUUGGGGUCCCUUUGGGGCUCCCCCAUGGCUUGGAGUGAGGAUUUAGGGUUCCCCCACUGCCUGGAGUGAGAGCUUGGGGUCCCUUUGGCAUCUUUUGGGUCCCUUUGGGGGCUCCCCCACUGCCUGGGGUGAAGGUUUGGGGUCCCUUUGGCUUCUUUGGGGUCCCCCCGUUGCCUGGGGUGAGGGUUUGGGGUCCCUUUGGGGUUCCCCCAUGGCUUGGAGUGAGGAUUUGGGGUCCCUUUGGCAUGUUUAGGGUUUCCCCAUUGCCCAGAGCUGCCCUGGGGUGAAGGUUUGGGGUCCUUUUGUCAUCUUUGGGGUCCCUUUGACAUCUUCAGGGGUCCCCCCAUUGCCUGGAGUGAAGGUUUGGGGUCCCCCCAUCAUCUUUGGGGUCCCCAGGGGCUGCCCUGGGGUGAAGGUUUGGGGUCCCCCCAUGGCCUGGAUUAAAGGUUUGGGGUCCCUUUGGCAUCUUUGGGGUUCCCCCAUUGCUUGGAGUGAGGGUUUAGGGUUUCCCCAUUGCCUGGAGUGAAUUUUUGGGGGGACUCCAGUUGUUUUCGGGGUCCCCCCUUUAUUUAUAGGGGAGAACUGGGGGUCCCCCCAUCACUUUUGGAAUCCACUUGUGGCCUUUGGGGCCCCCCAUUUGUUACUUUUGGGGUCCCCCAUUACCUCUGGUGACGCUUUUGGGGCUCCCACCCCCGCGGGGAUUUCUGGGGUGUCUGAAGGAAAGGGGAGGGUUGGAACUGCCUUAAUUUAAUGAAAUUUUAACAACAUUUUAACAAAAUUUUUAACGAAAUUUGGUUUUAUUCGCCUGUUUUGCAACAAUAAAGCUGCUGCCUCUGCA